AUGCUUUCAUUACUUUCGCUAAUUCUUGCCUCGGGAUCAGUUCUUCGUGCUGACACUGAGCAGUGGUCCGCUAGUACGUAUCCGAAUCCUCGAACAAAUUCAACACAAUGCAACACAUGGCCCAAUUCGACACUUUGUGAUCCCGAUCACAUUCUAACCGAUCAGUGGCGACUCAAUAUUAACGAGAAUAUCAAUCAUCAGAUUGAAAGACUUCGUACGUCAAAUGUUCAUUACGUCGAGGACGCACCAGAGGAGUGCUAUCUGAAAAAUGCUACAGAAGACCUGAACAUCUAUGUAAUUCUUGCGAAGAAGAUUCAGACGCAAGCGAACCACUCCACAACGGAUACAGACUUGACUGAAUUUGGUGACGAAAUCGCCGACGAGUAUGGGCUGAAUUCAUUGCCGUGCAAGAAUUUCCUGAUUAUCAUUGGUGUUGAAGCAGCUAAGCUUGCAUAUGUUAGAGUAAGUGAUGUCAUGCUUUCAACAUUUCUAGAUUUAUGGAAAGUUUUUAACUUUCCAAGCGAAUGUCUGAAGAAGGAGGGCAAGAUGUCAAGAAAAGACUUGAAGUUGCCACCAAAUUUGAUGGAGAACGUCUUCAAUCAAUAUACUGGCUUGUUCAAUGCUAAAAACUAUAUGGAAGGAUUGAAUAACGUCAUCAACGAGAUUGGUGAUCAAAUGAUCGAUCCUUUCAAGGCACAACCUGCAACUGAAAUGACGGAUAAAGCACUGGAAAUCAUAAGCACGCUAUCUACCACUGAAUCUUCGACGUCUGCACUUGUAACAGCACCAAUUUCCAGUGCGACCACAAACGUCUUCCGUCAACUCGCUCCGUGGUGGAUGUACGCACUGAUGAUUUUCGCUAUCGUGUGUGCGGUUGUGGCGCUCUUUUUAUUGUUCAUGAUGCGAUGUCAAGCUAAGCGUUGUGUUCGAACACAGGUAAACACAGUCAUGUCGGCUAUACCCGAAGUGAAUGGCAGUCAUCAUAAAACAAGGGCAUGUGUAAACAGUACAGUAAUCGUUGGCGAUGAAAUAUCGAGAGGAAUUAAUACAGGUGUGAUGACUUCAAACAGUGAGGGCUUCAACGAUUUCAUCGUUCGCACUUCGGAAAAGUCUUCCAAUAAAGUGCAAAAUGGUGCUUCAGGAGAUGGUUUUUCAUCGUCGGUCGAUGCAAUACACACAGAAUCUAAUUUGCAGUCUAGCAAACAAACUCAUCACACUUUACACGCUAUCAAUUUGUGCACUUCUCAGCACAAAAAUACCCAUAGCAGCGAUCAAAUGACACUCUUGAGCACCUCUGAAACACCUCCCAAGUUUUCUGAAAUAUUAGUCGAAGUACCUAUUCCGGCAGAGCAGCAGAAUCACAAAAAUCAGAUGAUUUCGGCAAAGCUCUUGAACAAUAAUGAGACGAAUCAUCGGAAUGAUUGUGCGUAUUGGCUCCGGUCGAACAAUUUGUCACCAAUCACGCAAUCAACUAGUAUGGGCAGUUGUCGAAGUGAUGAAAGAAAAUCAACAACGUCAACGGAAAAUCUUGGAAAUACUAUUCAAGAGGAGGAGAGAUCUGUUGCUGAAUCAGAUGAAUUGGAGUACAGUUGUGAAGUGGUGCGACCAACUACUCCACCUAAAGUUGCAACCAAAGUUCACCUGAACGCAGAUAAUCUCUCUACGGACUGUAUAACGAAUGAAGAACAUUACCCUACAGGAUUGUAG